AUGUCUGAAACUGCAGCCUGGCCGCCCGCGAACGGGCUCACCACCAAGAUCGUCCCGCGAAAGGACGCCAUCCUCACCAUCGCCUACUCGACGGCAGUGCACGCGCCGGCGUCGCUCGUAUUCGAUACCCUUCUCCGCGCCAAAGACUACGAAGCAUGGAACACGUGGGUACCCGUCGCGGAGAUCCAGUCGCCCGGGAACGAUCUCGAUUCGACUAGUCAAGAGCGUAUGAGCAUCGGCUGCUCCAUGGAGUUCCAUGUCAUCAUGAACGCGGACAAGCCGAACGACAUCACAAAGACGCAGCUGAAGGUCGUCGACAUCAGCACGCCCUCUGCGCCGACAUCCUACCUCACACCCGACCUCCUCGAAGACCCCUCGUUUACGGCCGAUCUUAGCAAGGUAUAUAGGGUGAGUUGGACGGGCAACGGCGGCAUGUACGGCUUUGCGCCCAAGCUGGAGCGCUUCCACGAGGUCAUUGUCACUGGAGAAAACGAAUGCGAGGUCAGGUCGUGGGAGAUCAUGACUGGCAUGCUGUCAAGGGUUGUCAAGCUGAUGAUGGAGGACACGUUGAAGGGCAAGGUCGCCCUCUGGUGCGACGAUCUGAAGCGGUAUUGUGAGAAACAACAUAGCGGAGGCGCGGCGGCUUGA